AUGUUAUCAAACAAAAAAUCAUUACUAAAUUGUUUUGUAGUACAAUAUGUGUUAACAUUUGUCAUAUUAUUAUUGUUAGUUUGUCUGAGUUGUUGUCUCAAUGAAAUUGUCACAACAUUGGGAUCAAUUGUAUUACUAACAAUCAUAUCGUGGUUUGUCACCAAACAGAUCCGUAAAAGUUUAAACAAUGAAUUUGUGACUUCAUAUAAAAGAGCUGUUUUGAUAACAGGUUGUGACAGUGGUUUCGGUAAUGCAUUGGCUCAGACACUCAAUGAACAUGGAUUCAGAGUCUAUGCCACAGUAUUGGACACCGAUAGCGACGGCGCCAAGAAAUUGGUAACCAGUGCUCGGUUUGAUGGUAUGACUACAGUGUUGAGGAUGGAUGUGACGAAUGAUGAGGAAGUGAAUGCAGUUUACGAACAAAUUACUAAAGAAUUGCAACAAAACGGUGAACAACUGUGGGCUGUCGUCAACAAUGCCGGUAUCAUAACAUGGGGACCACUGGACUGGGGAACUGUAGAUAAAUAUAAACGUAUAUUUGAAGUCAACACUUUCGGCACCGUUAGAGUCACACGAACUUUCUUACCAUUAAUUAGACAAUCAAAAGGUCGUAUUGUAAAUUUGGUUUCAAUGAACGGUCGGCUGACGUUCAAUAAUGAGACCAUAUAUUCAAUGAGCAAAUACGCGGCCAUAUCUUUCUCGGACGCACUCAGACGCGAGACUCGCAAAUGGGGAGUCAAAGUGUCGACCAUUGAACCCAUGGCUUACAGGACACCGUUGUCCAGCAAUGAAUAUUUUACACAUGAAUUGGACAAACAGUGGACAGAGAGUACACAACAAGUUAGACAACUGUAUGGUAAACAGUAUUAUGAAAAUCUAAGACACAGAGAUGAGUCCACUUCGACGCUAUCCGUCGGCAACAAUAUCUACGAAGUUAUCGACAAAUUGGUUGACGCUGUCCGCAGUACCGAACCUCUGGUCCGCUAUGUAUCGGUUCCGGGAACACCUUUUGACAAGUUUUUGACAUUUCUAAUACAACUAAUGCCAACUGAAUUGUAUGACUAUUAUAUUGAACUGAAAAACAGCCGCAAAAGUAUCAUUAAACCGGCAGCUCUUCAAACAAACACAGAUUGA